AUGACUCGAUUAGAAGACUUAUCUAACGAAAUAUUCUUCGAAAUAUGUGAUUAUUUACAUGCACUUGAUAUUUUUACGGCAUUUUCAACACUCAAUCAACGUAUUACAUUGAUAAUUUCUUCAAUUCCACUUCGUAUUGUUGUUUCCUCAUAUCAUUGUCAUCGCCAAAUAAAAUUUCUUUCUUCCUAUCUUAUCGGCCAUGCACAUCAAGUGGUUUCAAUUUCUCUUGAAGAUUCAAUUCGUGAUUUUACAUCUGUUAUUUCUUUCUUUUUCAUUCGACAUACAUUUGAAAAUCUUGAACUAUGUGCACUUUACUCAUCACAUUGGUCAAUACAAUUACGAACGGCAUUGGAACAAUUAAAAAAUCUCAUUAAACUUAGAUCGCUUCGAUUUAUCGUAGCAAAUCAUACGAAACUUUGUGAAAAAGAGAAACAAUAUACAAGUCAAACUAUUUUAGCACAUCAAUCAUCUUCACUUCGCUCGCUCGACUUUGUAUUUUGCUUCAAUCAUUCGCAUUUAACAACUCCCGUUACUCUUAACUGGACAUUAACAUCAAUGACUUUAACAUUUUAUGAUUUGCCUUGUUACUUAUCAAUUUAUUGUGUUCUACAUGUAUUUCAUAUUUAUCGUGCAUUAAGACGUUUACGUGUAUUUAUAUCAAUUCCUAUAAGUCCAAAUAUUCAACAUGCAUAUACACCAACUUUACCAACAGCUUUCCAAGAUAAUUUACCAGUACUUCCAUAUCUCAAAUUUUUUGAUUUACAAACAACAACAAUGUGCAAUAUUGACUCAAUUAGUGUUAUCCUUCGUUGUAUGCCUAAUCUUCGCCAAUUUGUUUUCACUCUUACGUCAUCUAAACAAAUCUCUCGUUAUAUUCACGAUUUGCUCGAUGGUUAUGGAUGGCAACAGAUACUGACGAGUCAUGCAUCAAAUUUAAAAAAAUUUGAUUUUCUUAUUGGACUAUUCGGCAUACGAGCAUUCAUUAACAUGGAUUAUAUUGUUCAUUCAUUUCAAUAUUUUGUUGCACAUUAUGAUGGUUGGCAUAUGACUAUCGAACGUUCAAGACUCUGGGCUGAAAAAUCGGAAGAAUAUAUCAGUUUGCGAACUCUAACAUAUUCAACUAAUAGACGAGAAUGCAAUUCUCUAGAAUCAAGCAUGGUGCUUGGAACAUUGCAUGUACAAUCGACAUUAAUAACAGAUGAUCAAUAUCACAAUUUUCAUCAACAUAACACAAAAUUAGAAGUUAUUGUACCUAUAAAUAUGGCAAUGACCGGUAAUCUACCAUCUUCUGUACCAUUUCAAAAUGUUCAACAACUUGUGAUCGUAUUUCAACAGUCAACAUCAACAUUAGGACAAAAUUUAUUGAAAUUCAUUUCUAUGCAUCAUCAGGAAAAUGAUGAAAUUGACUCUAAACAAUGUGUCAAUGUACUUAAGAGUUAUGUAGAUUUAUCUACAAUAAAGAAAAUAGAUUUCGAACCAAAAAAUGAUAUAUCUCAACUUCAUUGUAUUGAACAGAUCUUAUUACUAGAAUUAUUAACAGAAAAUGUCUAUUUUUCUUUAAAAUAUGUAUCAAAAUUAGUUCAACGUUUUUCCUCACUUACCAAUAUUCAAUUUGAGGUAUAUUCAUUUGAUACAUGUGCACGUCUUGUUGAUAUUCUUCUUGAUGGAUUGGUCAAUUUGCUUCAUCUUAAAAUAGAUUUUGUCAAUGGUAUAGUAUUUGACAACUCAAAUCUACGUGAUCAUGUUAUUGAAAAGCGUCAUCAAGCGUUUCCAUUCAGAAACUUCAAUAAAGAUCGCGUUGUUGUCAUACUCCAGAAACAAUCAUUGGAAAUUUAUCUCGAAUGA